GCUGCCCCUUAAUCAUCAUCACCUGUCUCUUUAAUCCUUGCAUUACUUGCACUCCUCAUUAUUCAAUCACUUUCUCUCUUCAACUUCUUACAUUUACACCCCAGCAAUGAGGCAAAUUUAAUAAUUACCCUUUAAUCCCACUCCGUUAACGUUUCAUUCAGGACUUAAGGGAGUCUACUCUGUUUCUACUAAGAAAAUCUCUCCAUUUCUUUGAAUAGAUAUUCCUUUGUUUUUGUGGGUAGGGAGGUUACUAGUGGACUCUAUGGCCCUGAAGUGCUUCUGGGUCUGCUUGAUUUUGUUCUAUGGCUUUUGGGUAGCUGUUUUCUGUGAUCAAGACGGUUUCUUGAGCUUAUCUUGUGGUGGAGCUAGGAGUUUUGUUGAUUCAUCAAAGAUAACAUGGGUCUCGGAUGAUACAUUCAUUAGCACAGGCAACACAACCACCGUUGAGUAUGUUGAGGGUAGCUCCUCAUCCAGUGUUCCACUUCGAUUUUUCCCAGAAUCUCAAGGCCGCAAUUGUUAUAAGUUACCAGUAGAGAAUAUAUCAUCCAUAAUUCUUGUGAGAGCCCAAUUUGUGUAUAAGAACUAUGACAGACUUUGGAAACCUCCAGCUUUCUCUGUUUCUCUAGGGACAGCUAUCACUAGUACUGUGAACCUAACCAACAAAGAUCCAUGGACUGAAGAGUUCAUAUGGCCAGUGAGUAAGGAAACAGUCUCAUUUUGCUUGCUUGCUAUUCCGGACUGCGGAUCUCCCGUUAUUUCUUCACUUGAAGUACGGCCACUUCCUCAAGGCGCUUACCAAAGUGGCAUGGAAGAUUUCCCAAAUACGUCACUUCGUAAGUGUUAUCGAAUUAAUAGUGGUUACUCCAAUGGAUCGCUGAGGUAUCCUGUAGAUCCAUUUGACCGCAUUUGGGAUGCUGAUCGAAGUUACACACCCUUUCAUGUCUCACCUAGUUUCGACAUUCUUCUUAGCUUCAAUUUGUCGAGUCAAAGGGAGAGCCCUCCAUUGAAAGUGUUGCAGACUGCUAGAGUUCUGGUACGAGGGGACGUCUUACAUUACUACUUACCUCUUGAUACAUUAGGGGACUACUACAUUGUUCUCUAUUUUGCGGGCAUUCUUCCUGUGUCUGCUUCUUUUGAUAUACUAAUUAAUGGGGAUGUUCAGCAAUCAGAAUUUACUAUAAGAACCUCAGAAGCCAGUACUCUAUAUUUUAAGCAGAAGGGAAUGGCCAGUCUGGAUAUUGCACUUAGGAGCAUCAUAUUCUACCCUCAAAUCAGUGCAUUUGAGGUUUACGAAAUUGUCGAUAUUCCACCAGAGGCUUCCUCAACUACAGUUUCAGCACUUCAAGUUAUUGAGCAAUCUACUGGUUUUGAUCUUGGGUGGCAAGAUGAUCCAUGCUUCCCAACUCCAUGGGAUCAUAUUGAAUGUGAAGGAAGUAUAGUGACAUCAUUGGACCUUUCGGACAUCAACUUGAGGUCAAUUAGUCCAACGUUUGGUGACUUGCUGGAUCUUAAAAUCCUGAAUUUGCAUAACACAUCACUUUCAGGAGCAAUACAAAAUCUGGGCAGCCUGCAGCAGCUUGAGAAAUUGAAUCUGAGUUUCAAUCAGUUAACAUCCUUUGGUUCUGAUUUAGACAGCUUGGUUAACCUUCAAGUUCUGGACUUGCAUAAUAACAGUUUACAGGGGAUAGUUCCAGACAGCUUGGGAGAGUUAAAGAAUCUACAUCUACUGAAUCUGGAGAACAAUAAAUUGCAAGGUACCCUCCCCCUAUCUUUGAACAGAGAAAGUUUGGAAGUUAGGUAUGGCACUGAUAUUCUAGUUUUUUGUCAACCUAUUUAUUCACAUGUCCUGAUGGAUCAAUUUUUGUGCAGAACAUCAGGAAAUUUGUGCCUUUCCUUCUCGACAAUGGCAUGCAAUGAUGUCUCAUCAAACACUUCAAUUGAGACACCACAAGUUACUAUUUUUACCAAUAGGAAGCACACUCAACACACGCAUUUAGCAAUUGUACUUGGUUCAGCUGGGGGAGCCUUAUUUGCUCUACUCCUCAUUUCUCUUUUAGUAUUAUUGUACGCAAAGAAAAGGAAAACUGAAGCCACAUAUGCUACAAGGGCAGCAAUUGAUAUGAGAAACUGGAAUGCAGCAAAAAUUUUUUCCUACAAAGAAAUAAAACAAGCUACAAACAACUUUAAGGAAGUCAUAGGUCGGGGUAGCUUUGGAUCUGUUUACCUUGGAAAGCUAUCAGAUGGCAAACUGGUAGCUGUAAAAGUACGGUUUGAUAGAACUCAAUUGGGUGCAGAUUCUUUUGUUAAUGAGGUUCAUCUCUUGUCACAAAUUCGUCAUCAAAAUCUUGUGUGCUUGGAAGGAUUUUGUCAUGAAUCAAAGCAUCAGAUACUAGUCUAUGAAUAUCUACCUGGUGGAUCACUGGCUGAUCACCUGUAUGGUCCAAACAGUCAAAAAGUUUCUUUAAGCUGGGUUCGGAGACUGAAAAUAGCUGUUGAUGCUGCAAAAGGGCUGGACUAUUUGCAUAAUGGGAGCGAUCCAAGAAUCAUACACCGUGAUGUCAAGUGCAGUAACAUCCUUUUGGACAGUCAGAUGAAUGCCAAGGUCUGUGAUUUUGGCCUCUCUAAGCAAGUAACUCAGGCAGAUGCAACUCAUGUGACCACUGUUGUCAAGGGCACUGCUGGCUAUCUAGAUCCUGAGUAUUAUUCCACCCUACAGCUGACUGAGAAAAGUGAUGUCUACAGUUUUGGGGUUGUUCUUUUAGAGCUCAUAUGUGGAAGAGAACCACUGACUCACUCCGGAACUCCAGAUUCCUUCAAUUUAGUGCUAUGGGCAAAGCCCUACUUGCAGGCUGGUGCAUUUGAGAUAGUGGAUGACAGUUUAAAGGGAAGCUUUGAUGUGGAGAGCAUGAGAAAGGCAGCCUUAGUUGCUGUAAGAUCUGUAGAAAGAGAUGCAUCCCGGAGACCAACUAUGGCAGAGGUAUUGGCAGAGCUGAAAGAAGCCUACAGUUUUCAGCUCUCAUAUUUGGCAUCUUUGGGACACUCAGGUUGAGCAAGCAAAUGAAAGAUAAAAGAAUGUUUAAAUUUAUAUUAGAACUUUGACAACUUUUCCUACAGAGCAUGUAAAAAGAGAGUUGGUUUUUGGCAUAACUAUUUUCAGAAGAGGCCUUAUAUGAGGGAAAUGAAGAGUAAGUUAUUGAGCACAAGGUUAUUUCAGAGUAUUUACAAGAGUGUAUAUGUGUCUAUUCUGUCAAU